UCCUUUAUAUUUUUCUCUCUAGGGAAAAAUUCAAAAGUUUCUUAUUUCGAAUUUUUCUUUUCUGGGUUUUCGCCAAGGGAGCAUCCUUUAUGUUGUUCUUUUGAAAGAAGACUCCUUCCCUCUCUCUGCAUUUCUCUCCCCUCUCUUCUGGGGAGUUUUUGUUUUCUUUUUUUCUUCCUUAUUUUUAGGAUAAAAGGAGAUUCCUUUAUCUCGAUUUUGGCUUUCUUCUUAUUAAAUUUACGAUUUUUUUGAUUCUUGGGAGAAGAAGAAGAAGAAGAAGAAGAACGAUGAUAAAGUUGUGGGUGGUGACUUCUCUUCAACUCGCGGAGCUGUUCGUGAGCUCCAUUGUCCAUUUGCUUUAUGGCUUUUAUAUCUUCAGCUCCGCUGUUGCCGGAGAUAUCUCCCUGACUUUGAAUGAUUACUUGUUCAAGUCCAAUGUCGAUUUCAACGACCUUGGAGAUACUGGUCAACGCCUAAGCAAUGUUGAGGGUUUGCCUCCAAUUGUCUUGGUUCAUGGCAUCUUUGGAUUUGGCAAAGGGAGAUUAGGAGGCUUAUCAUACUUUGGUGGUGCUGAGAAGAAAGAUGAGAGGGUUCUUGUUCCUGAUCUGGGGUCCUUAACAAGCAUCUAUGAUAGGGCAAGGGAAUUGUUCUAUUACUUGAAAGGAGGCAGAGUUGAUUUUGGCCAGGAGCAUAGUGAGGCUUGUGGACAUUCUCGUUUUGGCAGAAGAUACGAAGAAGGGCAAUACCCUGAGUGGGAUGAGGAUCAUCCUAUCCAUUUUGUGGGGCAUUCAGCCGGUGCUCAAGUUGUGCGCGUGUUGCAGCAAAUGCUUGCAGAUAAGGCAUUUGAAGGGUAUGAAGACACGACUGAGAACUGGGUUCUGAGUGUGACAUCGUUAUCCGGGGCAUUCAAUGGAACUACCAGGACUUACUUAGAUGGCAUGCGGACAGAUGAUGGAAUGAGCAUGAAACCGAUAUGUCUGUUGCAGCUAUGUCGUAUAGGGGUGAUUAUGUAUGAUUGGUUGGAUAUUCCAUGGCUAAAGACUUAUUACAAUUUUGGGUUUGAUCACUUUAUCAUUUCUUGGAAGAAAACUGGUGUGAGAGGUCUCGUUGAUUGCCUUAUGGGAAACGCAGGUCCUUUUGCUUCUGGCGAUUGGAUCUUACCCGACCUUACUAUACAAGGCUCAACAAGUAUUAACUCCAAUCUCCAGACAUUCCCGAACACUUACUACUUCAGCUACGCGACUAAACGCACCCGCAGAAUCAUGGGUAUGACGAUUCCUUCAGGUGUUCUUGGAAUCCACCCGAUGCUCUUUCUCCGCGUAUUUCAGAUGAGCCAGUGGAGAUUCCCACAAGAUGUAUCUCCUCCUUAUAAAGGCUACAGGGAUGAGGAAUGGCAAGAGAACGACGGGGCAUUGAACACAAUAUCAAUGACGCAUCCGAGGCUGCCCGUUGAGCAUCCAAGCCGUUUCAUAAGAAGCGAUUCAGAGUGUCAAACAUUACAACCCGGCAUCUGGUAUUAUAAGAUAGUGGAAGCAGAUCACAUAAUGUUCAUAGUGAAUAGAGAGAGAGCUGGAGUUCAGUUUGAUCUGAUAUACGACAGUAUCUUUCAACGUUGCAGGAAACAUGUUUUUAGAAAGAUUCCUCAAACUCUCCCGAAUCUAUCUCCUUCUUCUCCUCGUUCAUCACCCAGGAAAAACAACUUUGUACAUUGAUCACUUUAAAAAAAAAAAUGUUGUAGGGCUGAUAUGUUGAGGGCUUAAGUUUUUGUCUAGGCUAUACAGAUCAUUCAAUUGUUCUUCUUAUUCUCUCUUGAUUUGUUGUAUUAUAAAACAUACACCUUUCAUUUUAAAACUUAUAAUAUUUGUUAUUUGGUCA